AUGGCGAGCUCAAAAACGGCCACAGGGGGUGUGAAGAGAUACCUGACAAUCGCUGUCUUGCUGGGGGCUUUGACAGUAGUGGGGUCGUAUCUUAACAGUAUCAAUUCCCGAUUCUACACAUUCAAUCCUGAAUCCAUCAACGCAUGUGUCCAACGAUCCCUCUCUAUAGCCGCUGAAUCAGGUACUUCAGUACCUACCAACACUUCACUUAUCAUUUCCACACUUCUGAACCAGUUGGUCGAACAACAUCCUGAAGCCAGUCUCAAUGUUGAUUUUCAUAAUAAGAAAGAAUGGGUGUUUAAUAAUGCCGGUGGGGCUAUGGGAAGUAUGUUUCUGAUACAUGCUAGUAUCACCGAAUACAUGAUCAUCUUCGGUUCAGCAGUAGGAACAGAAGGUCAUACCGGACGUCAUACAGCUGACGAUUACUUCCAUAUUCUUACCGGCCAACAAACGGCAUUCGAAGCGGGUGAUCUGAUUCGAGAAGUUUAUAAUCCCGGAGACGUACAUCUAAUGCGUAAAGGUGUGGUGAAGCAAUAUGCUAUGAUCCCCGAGACUUGGGCGUUGGAGUAUGCACAGGGUUGGAUACCUCUCAUGUUGCCAUUCGGGUUUGCCGAUACGUUUUUCUCCACUUUGGACCUGAUCACAUUGUAUCACACCGUGAGGAUUACAGGAAGGGAGAUGAUUAAGAAUUUACUCAAGGGGAAGAUAUAG